AUGCCCGGUCUGGUCACUGCCACUGGUGUGCUGGCCUUCCUAGCCGACGAGGAGCCCGAGCUCAAGAUCUUCGCCCUCCAGACUCUGAACGAUGAUAUCGACACCGUUUGGUUCGAGGUCGCAGGCGCUCUUGGACAGAUCGAGGCUCUCUACGAAGACGAUUCCUUCCCCGAGCGGAAACUGGCUGCGCUAGUUCUGUCCAAGGUCUACUAUCAUCUGCAGGCCUACGAUGAGAGCAUGUUCUUCGCCCUCGCCGCCGGCGACCUCUUCAAGCUUGACACCCCGGGCGAGUUCGAGGAGACCAUCAUCUCCAAAUGUGUCGACCACUACAUUGCCACCAAGAACGAGAACCACGUCGUCCCCACCAAGAAGGAUAAAGACAACGACACCUCGAUGCCCGCCCUGGCCACCGCGUUCUCGAGCGGCACCGCCGACGGCAACGCCUCCGCUCUGAUCUCACCCACCACGCCCUUCUCCCAGUCGACCCUGCCGUCAAAGUCCCUCCUUUCUCGAGCAUCCACCGAAAACACCAUCCUUGACCCCUCGUUCGAACCUCAGAAGAAGCAGCACCGGUCGUCUUCCAUCGCCCUGACCAACAACGAGCUGGACACCCGACGCGCCAUUGACAGUGUCAUUGAGCGCCUCUUUGAGAGCUGUUUGAGGGAGGGCCGCUACCAGCAGGUCGUGGGCAUCGCGGUUGAGGCCAAGCGACUCGACGUGGUCAACAAGGUCAUCCAGCGCGCUGAUGACGACCAUAAGCGGACGAAGGGCAAGACUGCCCAAGACGAUGUCAUGGGUCCCGCCGAGGAGCUGAUGGAUUACUGCCUGGGCAUAUGCAUGGACGUCGUGCAAGAGAGGGCCUUCCGAGACGACAUACUGCAGCUGGUGCUCGGCAUCCUGACCAGUGGCAGAGCGAAAGAUCCCGACUACUUCUCCAUCGCCAAGUGCAUUGUCUACCUGAACAAGGAUGAGCAGGCACGCACCGUCAUCCAGCAUCUUGUCAAUUCUAGUACUGUCGAGGCCACAGCGAUUGCCUACCAGUUCGCUUUCGAUCUGUAUGACAACGGUACGCAGGAAUUCCUUGGCAAGGUCAUUUCGGCCCUUCCAAAGGGCGAUGCUCCGGCGCAGCAAAAGGAGGCGCAAGGCACUGGCGAGUCCGAGAGCGAGCCCCUACUUGGCAGCAACGAGAACACUGGCGGCUCGGAGGACGUCGAGGUCGAUGAGAAGAAGGCCGCCAUCUACAAGAACAUCCGGUCCAUUCUCGACGGCACCACGACCAUCAAGCUCAAUCUCGAGUUCCUCUACCGCAAUAACCACACAGACCUGAGCAUCCUGAACAAGGUGCGAGAUAGCCUGGAAGGCCGGAACUCCAUCUUCCACACCGCGGUGACCUUCUGCAAUGCCUUCAUGAAUCAGGGCACCACCAACGAUAAGUUCUUCCGCGACAACCUGGAAUGGCUCGGCAAGGCCGUCAACUGGUCCAAGUUUACCGCUACUGCGGCACUGGGCGUCAUCCACCGCGGAAACCUCUCUCAGUCCAGGAAGCUCCUCGAGCCCUACCUGCCCCGAGGCGCUGGCGGAAUUAACAGCGGCUCGCCAUACUCCCAGGGCGGUGCGCUGUACGCGUAUGGUCUGAUCCACGCCAACCACGGCGCCGACGCUCUAGACUACCUCAAGACACAGUUCUCUGCGGCUGAGGAGGAGGUUAUUCAGCAUGGUGGUGCUCUGGGUCUCGGCCUGGCUGGCAUGGCGAGUGGCAACGAGGAGAUAUUUGACAACCUCAAGGCUGUUCUCUAUGCCGACUCGGCUCUGAACGGUGAGGCUGUGGGUCUGUCUAUGGGCUUGAUCAUGCUCGGCACCGGCAACGUGAAGGCACUGGAAGACAUGGUGGCCUACGCGCACGAGACGUCGCACGAGAAGAGCGUCCGAGGUCUGGCCCUAGGCAUGGCCCUGAUCAUGUACGGCCGGCAAGAAGGCGCCGACGUCAUGAUAGAAGGACUGCUCAACGAUCCGGACCCAACCCUGCGAUACGGCGGAAUCAUGACCGUCGCCAUGGCCUACUGCGGCACUGGCAGCAACAAGGCUAUCAGAAAGCUACUGCAUAUCGCCGUCAGCGAUGUCAACGACGACGUGCGCCGGAUUGCCGUCAUGAGCUUGGGGUUCAUCCUGUUCCGAAAGCCCGGCAGCGUCCCCCGCAUGGUCGAGCUUCUCUCCGAGUCCUACAACCCUCACGUCCGGUACGGCUCUGCGAUGGCGCUGGGCAUUUCGUGCGCGGGAACUGGGCUGGACGAGGCCAUCGACCUGCUCGAGCCGAUGAUGAAGGACCCGACCGACUUUGUCCGACAGGGAGCACUGAUCGCGCUCGCCAUGAUCAUGAUCCAGCAGAACGAGGUGAUGAACCCCAAGGUAGCAGCGAUCCGCAAGACGCUCAAGAAGGUUGUUGGCGACCGGCACGAGGACGCCAUGACCAAAUUCGGUGCCGCCCUUGCUUUGGGUAUCAUCGACGCUGGAGGACGUAACUGCACCAUCGGCCUGCAGACCCAGACCGGCAAUCUCAACAUGGCUGGCAUCGUGGGCAUGGCUGUCUUCACCCAGUAUUGGUACUGGUUCCCCUUCACUCACUUCCUAUCUCUAGCAUUCAGCCCGACGUCCAUCAUCGCACUCGACCACGACUUGGAUAUCCUUGACGUCAAGUUCCAAUGCGCAACGAAGCCCAGCCUCUUCGACUAUCCUCCCGAGCAGGAAGUGAAGACCGAGGAGGGGCCUGCGUUGAUUGCGACGGCCAUCUUGUCGACCACUGCCCAGGCCAAACGCCGCGCCCAGAAGAAAGAGAAGGCGCAGCGUCGGGAGAGCAUGGACAUUGACACCACCACCACGCCCACCAUCUCUAAGCCGGCUGAAGGCAGUGACAAGAUGGACGUCGAUGACAAGGCUAAGUCUGGGGAGGAGAAUAAAGACAAGAAAGAGGAUACGCCAGCGCCGGGCGAGAAGGAGGGCUCGGCGCCUCCGACCGACCUUAAGAAGAGGUCAGAAAAGGAGAAGCCGGGCUAUGAACUCGAUAACAUGAGCCGAGUCUUGCCUGGGCAGCUCAAGUACAUCAGUCUCCCCAAGGGACGAUACUGGCCGGUCAAGCUGCUCAGGGCUGGUCCAUUGCCUACUCGUGGCCCCAUUCUCCUACAUGACAUGCAGCCCGAGAAGGAGAAAGCCCUCAUCGAAGAGAAGCUGAAGAAGGUGGCUACCGAGAAGGCCCCGGUUGCCGGAGGUAACGGUCAGGGCAGGACUUCUCGGUCGGAGGCGGACGCCUUGCUAAGCCGAAUGCUGGCUACUCGGGGCAUAAAUGAGAGCGGCGCGGCUGCGGCGGCUGGUGUGCUCACGGCUGUGGACGAGGACGCAGAGGGAGAUGAGGAGGCCCAGCCCCCGCGCGAUUUCGACUAUUUCACCGAGACUGAGGGUGAGGAAUAG